UUGACCGCGUCGUCAAGGCUUUCCCGCCAAAACAUUAUUUCUGAUUUGAGUCUCGAAUUUUACAGUAGAGCUCGCAAUUCACAAACAAUAAAAACACUGAAAACGUUAUCGUUUGCUGCUCCUGGAUCAUUUCCAUUUAAUUCUUAUAUUUAUCGUGUUAUGAUUACGAAUUUAUCACGAAAUGGAUGAUUCUGAACCAACAUCGUCUGGCCGAUCGAAACGUCAAAAAAAUGACAAGACCGGUCGUUUGUCCGCUCUGGAGAAACUCAAAAACUUAAAGGGCAGCAAACACAAGUAUCAAGUCUCAGAAGUUGACAAUGUUUACGAUGAAGUCGAUGAAAAAAUUUACAGCAAAACUGUUAUGGAACGACAGAAUGAUGACUGGAUCGUUGAUGAUGGCGGAAGUGGAUAUGUGGAAGAUGGUCGUGAGAUUUUUGAUGACGAUCUUGACGACGACAGCAUCCAUCAAGCGGCAAAACAAAACAGUUUGGCUGGCCCAAGGAAACGUAAAAAAGAUGAAACUAAAAGCAAGGGUAACAUAAAAAACAUGUUGAUGAGUAUGCCAUCAAAGAAAAAGGCAGAUGACAAGUUGAACGAUGACGAUAUUCUGGGAGAUCUCAUGAACGAACUUCAAAAAGAUGAACCAGCUGCAAAAAGGAAAGACACAAAAGUCAGGAAUAAAUUUGCAACUGCUCAAGUUUCAAAAUCACAACCAGCGACAAAAGCCAAACCAAUGGACGUCGAUGACUUCCUUGAACCAAUGUUUGAAAGCUGCAAAAAAAUCAAACCUGCUCUGCCUGUGGAAGAAAAGAAAAUUAACAAUACGAAACAAGUUCACACCCCGAGCUCUGAACAGAGCAUAAGUCAAAUAAUCGAAACGGAUUUAAGUCAGAAUGACGUGGUUGAUAAUGAGAGUUGUACAAUCGAAAGUUGCUUGUCUCCCGAACCACAAAAUGAAUCCAAUCAAUUCGAUGAUAACGACCUCUCCAAUUUAGACUUCGAUGAAAUAGAACUCAACAUAGAAAAUUUACCAACAAGUACAGCAAAGACGAUGACUCAACCGGAAAGUACAGAAGCAGAGUCAAAAACACCAAAAGAGAUAGAAGCCGUUGGAUGCUUCAGAGACCAAAAAGUCGAUGACAUGGAAGUUGUAAUGAUGGAUCAAGUAUGGGCAGACGAUUUUAAUGAACAGCUCACAGAGGCAGAAGUUUCAUCGAGUAACGUUGAAGCAGAAAUAGUUCCACCAGUCACAGAUAAAACCGAUGGAACUGACGACCAAAAAAGUUUUCGAUUUUUUUGGUGGGAUGCCUAUGAAGAUCAGUACAAACAACCAGGCGUCGUUUAUUUGUUCGGAAAAACUUACGACGAAUCAACCAAAGCUUACGUUUCAUGUUGUGUUCAAGUUAAAAAUAUUCCUCGUCGCAUUUAUCUUUUACCCAGAGAACAGAUCAAAAAUUCAGGGGAAGAGGACUCGGAACAGCGAAAAACAAUAUUGCACGACGUGUAUAAAGAGUUCAACGAGUGGGCGACGAAGAAGAACAUAACUCAAUUCGCGGCAAAGUUCGUAACAAAAUUGUACGCAUUUGAACGAGCUGAGACGCCACGAGAAAGUGAAUACGUUGAAAUUCGAUAUCCGGCGACGUGUCCAGCAAUGGAUGUGAAUUAUGAAGGUCCAGCGAUUGAGCACGUGUUCGGAACAUCGGUGAACGCACUGGAGUUAUUCCUGAUCGAGACGAAUAUUAAGGGUCCAUGUUGGCUCGAGGUGAAGAAGCCGUUGCCAUCGGGAAAUCCUUCGAGUUGGUGCAAGUCGCAAAUAAAUUGUUUGAACUUCGAAGACAUUUCCGUGUACAAAGAUAAAGAUGCGAAACAAAAAUUGCCGAUACCUCCGAUGUCGAUGGCGACAUUGAAUGUAAGAAUGUCUCUGAACCAAAAGCGUCAACAGAACGAAGUCAUAAUGAUCGGCAUAUUGUUGCACAAUGAUUACCGAAUUGACAAACCACCGCCAAAGCCGCUUUUCCAGCAACACUAUUGCCUCGUGACUCACCCCCGCGACAUGCCAUGGCCACGACACGCUCGGGACCUUCUAUCAAAAACGAAGAACACCCGGGUCCUCAAAUGUGAAACGGAGUACGAUUUGCUCGAACAAUUUCUCAGUAUUUUAGAAAAAACCGAUCCUGAUCUCGUGGUCGGUUACGACUGCGGUUUCCAAUUCGAUGUACUCCUGCACAGGAUAUCGAGUUUGAAAGUUAAAAAUUGGAGUAGAAUCGGAAAAUUGAGACGCAACGUUAUGCCCCUUUUCAAAGGAAAAAUCAACCUCGCCCAUUGUUUCUGCGGACGACCAAUUUCUGAUAUACAAUUGAGCGCCAAAGAGCUGAGCGUCAAAGUCCGUAGCUUUGAUCUUCAAUCACUCUGUUGUUCGAUCCUCAAAAAAAGUGAGAACGAGUGCAAGGAAAUAAAGCCUGCUGACUGUCCCAAGUUCUACGCCGAAGCUGACAAAAUCGAGAAACUUUUGCAAAUAACUAUGAACGAGGCUCUCAGCUUUCUCACGAUUUUGUUCGAGCUCAACGUCAUGCCGCUUGCCGUACAAAUCACGUGUCUCGCUGGCAACACUUUGUCGAGGACUCUUGCCGGCGGUCGUGCUGAAAGGAACGAGUUUCUUUUACUUCAUGCUUUCUUCCAAAAAGACUACAUCACCCCGGACAAACGUAUCGCUCCAAAAACUAAAGAAGCCACCGAUCCAACCGCCUCGAAAAGGAAAAAACCUGCCUACACCGGUGGUUUGGUGCUUGAACCGAAAAAAGGCUUCUAUGACAAACUCAUUUUACUGAUGGACUUCAAUUCCCUUUAUCCCAGCAUUAUUCAAGAAUACAACUUGUGCUUCACCACCGUUCCUGGCGCAGCUUACGAUGACUUGGAAAACUUGAAUCUUCCCACCGCUGAUUUACCCCUCGGCAUCGUUCCCACCGAAAUUCGCAAGCUCGUUCAGAGUCGAAUCGAAGUCAAGAAACUCAUGAACGCUCCUAAUAUCUCACCGGAACUCAAACUGCAGUACAACACAAGACAAAUGGCUCUCAAACUCACCGCGAACUCGAUGUACGGAUGCUUGGGCGCUUCUCAUUGUCGAUUUUAUGCCAAAGGCAUGGCUGCUUUGAUCACGAGUAAAGGUCGUGAAAUUUUGCAAAACACGAAAUCCUUGGUGGAAAAGUUGAACUUCGAAGUCAUUUAUGGUGACACAGACUCAAUAAUGAUUAACACGAAUAAUCUCAAUUACGACGAAACUUUUGCCAUAGCGAAAAAGAUCAAGCAAGAAGUGAACAAACUCUAUCAAAUGAUCGAAUUGGACAUCGAUGGAGUUUUCAGGUACUUGUUGCUGUUACAUAAGAAAAAGUAUGCUGCACUAAUUUUGAAAAAAUUACCGAAUGGAAAAAUGGAGACGACGAUGGAGCACAAAGGUCUCGAUAUCGUGAGAAGGGAUUGGUGUCAAUUGGCCUGCGACACAGGAAAAAAGAUAUUGGAUGAAUUGUUUACCGAUCAGUCGAAUGAUUCGAGACGAGAAAAAAUAUUCGAAAUCUUGCAAACCGUUGCCGCGGGUAUUCGUUCGGCUCAAGUACCCCUUUCAUCUCUGGUCGUGACAAAACAGUUGUCCAAAAACCCAAAAGAUUAUCCGGCAAAAAAACUGGCACACGUUUCGGUCGCUCUCAGGCUCAAUAAAGAGGGUGGACGUAUGUGGAAGGCUGGUGACACUGUGCCUUAUGUAAUAUGCGAGGAUGGAACUUCAAGAUCCGCAACUGAGAGGGCAUAUCACGUGGACGAAUUUAAGAAGAGCGAUACGUUGAAAAUAGAUAUCGACUAUUACCUUUUGCAACAAAUAUUGCCUGUCGUGUUGCGUAUUUGUGAACCGAUCGAGAAUAUCGACGACGUAUUAUUGUCGACACAUCUUGGUCUUGAGAAUGUUUAUAAAUCAAAGAGAGUCAUCCACGAGCAGGUAGAAAAUCCGGUGCCUUCGUCGCUGAACGAGGAACGUUUUCAUUAUUGCAUACCGUUGAAAAUUAAGUGUCGCAACGAUAAAUGCAACACCGAAAUCGAGAUAAAAGAAUUCUUCGCUGAUUUCCCUACUGGGAAACUUCCAGCGCUUGCUCGCUGUUCAAAUCCCGCAUGCGAUUUGCCACCGUACAAAAAUGUAAAAUCUAUUCAAAACGAAAUUCAUCUGAAAAUUAGAUAUUACAUAACCGAAUAUUAUGCUGAUUGGCUCGAGUGCGAGGAUCCAAUUUGUUCGAACAGGACGAGAUUUUUACCUAUGAACGUUCGUGGUUGUUAUCCUCGAUGUGAUGUUUGCAAGGACGGUCUCAUGCACAGAGUGUACAACGAGACUAGUCUCUACGAACAAAUAAAUUAUUUUCAUCGGCUCUUGGAUGUGAACGAAGCCGGCAAAAAGUUCACGAUUCCGUCGAUACCGGAAAUGAUAUCGGUUUACGAUCAUCUCAAAGAAUUUGUCGAGAAACAAUUGGCGCGUAGCGCAUAUUCACUGGUCGAUCUCAACUGGCUAUUUUGUUCGAAUUUUCAAAAAAGUUUGGCGGUGAUUCCCGUCAACGAAGAGGAAGAAGAAGAGGCUCAAUUUGAUUUUUCCGACGACGAAAUGAUCCCCGACGUAGAACCAACGGAAAUUGCAGCGUCGUAAUAAACUGCUGACAUUCAGUUUUUCUUCCUUUCCUCGAGACGCGUGUAAAAUAAAUCAUUUGUAGAAGCUAAUAUUUUCAUAAAGAAAAUUCAUUCAACUUUCAGAGUCUGAUGUACAGUAAAACAUGAUAAUAAUAAUUAUAACAAUACGUACGUAAUAAGUCCUACAGCUAAAAGUGAGUACAGUGUAAAUGACGUUUAUUGUUUUUUCUUCUCGUUUCUUCGCUGGAUGAAUAUGAUGCACGAAUUUCGAAUCGCAUGUUCUUUCUUACUUUUCGUUGUUUCAAUAUGUACGAAUAAAAUUCAAAUAUACAUUA